CAGAAACGGCACGUUCAGAUUUCACCGGAGCCCAGAGGGAAAGCUUCAAAUAGCCAACCUGAAGUUUCAGCGUCCUCAGCCAACUCUCCAAAUCCUAAGUCAUGGAGGUGAAUCAGGAGACAUCACUCUUCUUGGUGAAGAUCUUAGAGGAGUUGGACAGCAAGCAGAGCACCGUGUCCUACCAGGACCUGUGCAGGUCUCUGUGCACCCGCUUCGAUCUGUCCCAGCUCACCAAACUGAGAAGCAUGCUUUACUACACCGCCUGUCUCGAUCCCAACUUCCCAGCCACGUUAUUCAAAGACAAGAUGAAAUCCACUGUGAACAACCAGCAGUCCAAGAAGAUCAUGGUGGCAGCAGAUAUCGUGACAAUAUUCAACCUGAUCCAGAUGAGUGGGGGCGCCGCCAAGGAGAAGCUGCCCACGGGCCGCCCCAAGGUGCGCAAGAAGGGGGCCUCCUUUGAAUCAUGCAGGUCAGACACAGAGGUCUGCGGUGUGGCUGAGUGUGAGCCCCUGACCUGUGAGCUGAGCGAGAGGCCCUUCGGCCGUGGCUACCCCACCCGGCAGUCAGCCGGGUGCCGGAAGAGGGACCGUGAGGGCUGUCCACAGUUCAUCCCCGCCUCCGAGCCCAACUUCCUGCUGGGUGUCAGCAAGGAGGGCAAGAGCAGGGCCUCCUCCCUCGACAGACUGCAGGCCCUGGCACCCUACCCAGUGGCCAGUCCACAACCCUGCGAGAUGCAGAGGACAUACUUCCCCAUGAACCUGGAGAGCGAGUCCGUGUCGGACCAGGAGCCCCUGCCUAUCAGCCAGGGCCACGAGGAGACCUUCAGCCCCGCCCAGGAGCCCUGUGUGGUCCCGUCCUGCGUGCAGAAAAGGAACAUCUUCAAGGAGGACUUUCACAACCUCCUGCCAGUGUCUCCCAGCUUGGUUGGGCCAGGCAGCAAGGCAGGGGGUGAGCACAGGGAGCCCCAGGGCCGGAAGGAGCACCACAAGCCACCCUUCUUCAAUCACAGCUUUGAGAUGCCCUACCACAGCCAGUAUCUGAACCCCAUGUACUCCCCUGUGCCCGACAAGCGGCGGGUGAAGCAUGAGAGCCUAGACGAUCUCCAAGCCUCUACCUACUUUGGCCCCACUCCAGUGAUGGGGACCCAGGACCCUAGGCACUGUCUGGGGAGGCCCAAGCAGACUCCCUGGCCGGCCAAGAGCUGGAGCCUGAAUGCCGAGGAGGUCCCAGACUGUGAGCGGUCCUUUUUCAACAGAAAUCCCUCCGAGGAGAAACUACACUACCCGAACCCUAGCAGCCAGACCCCCAACUUCUCAGUCCCAGACAGGCAUCCAGCUUACUUGAUGCCAAAGGAGCCACAGCCAAUUCUACCUGUCAGCUAUGCAGCCAAGCCCCAGGAGCUCUCCUCCCCCAUUGACCUGGAGAAGUGCGAACCUCCGAAGAAGCUCAAGGACAGGAGCACCGGCUGUAGCAGCCGGCAGGUCAGCUCUGACACCAGCAGUGUGGGCACGCAGACGGAGCAGCACACACUGGAGCCCAAGACGUGCAAAGAGCUAUGUGUGGCAGCCCAGGGCAAGUACGGAGACAGACACUCCGGGAAGCCCUCAGAUGAGGACUCCGAGGUCGUCAGUGACGACAUCAGUGACAUCUUCCGGUUUCUUGACGACAUGAGCGUCAGUGGCUCCACUGGGCUGAUACAGUCGUCCUGCUACAAUAGCACUGGGUCCCUGUCUCAGCUGCACAAGUCGGACUGUGACAGCUCCCCGGAGCGCAACCUUACCAGAAUCACCAGCAGGGGCCCCAACAGCAAGGCAGACAAGGGCAGCCGGCCUGAAAACCUGCACCGCUCAGAGGAGGAGCUGAAGACCAGCGUAUGCAAACUGGUGCUCAGGAUUGGGGAGAUAGAGCGGAAGCUUGAGUCACUGUCUGGCGUCCGAGAGGAGAUCUCCCAGGUCCUGGGCAAGCUGAGCAAGCUGGACCAGAAGAUGCAGCAGCCAGAGCAGGUACAUGUGCAGAUGGAUCUGAACUCUUUGACCAGCGAGGCCCCAUCUGAUGACAGCACUUCCCCCAGGGUGUUUCAUGCCCGUGACAGCACCCACACACCCAAGCUGGAGCCCAGCACGGAGUGGUGCUGCUCGGAUGCCAGCGGCAGCAACAGUGAGAGCCUGCGGGUCAAGGCCUUAAAGAAAAGCCUGUUCACUCGGCCUUCAUCCAGGUCGCUGACUGAGAACAGCGCCACUGAGUCCAAAAUUGCUAGCAUCUCCAACUCCCCCCGGGACUGGCGCACCAUCACCUACAGCAGCCGCGCGGGCCCCAGCGAGGAGGAGGUGAAGGAUGCCAGCCCAGGUGACACCAAGGACUGGCACCGGAAAUCCAAAGAGGCCGACAGGCAGUACGACAUCCCCCCACAGCACCGCCUGCCCAAGCAGCCCAAGGACGGCUUCCUUGUGGAGCAGGUGUUCAGCCCCCACCCCUACCCCACAUCCCUCAAGGCCCACAUGAAGAGCAACCCCCUGUACACAGACAUGCGGCUGACAGAGCUGACGGAGGUGCGGCGGGCACAGCCCUCCUGGACAGUGGAGGAUUUUGCGCGCCAUGCCGGGGACAAGAGCAAGCUGGCAGCCCUGGACCUGCAGACACAAGAAUCUUUAAAUCCAAAUAACUUAGAGUACUGGAUGGAAGACAUUUACACUCCAGGUUAUGACUCACUACUGAAACGGAAAGAAGCUGAGUUCAGGCGGGCCAAGGUCUGCAAGAUCGCUGCUCUGAUCGCCGCAGCCGCAUGCACGGUCAUCCUGGUCAUUGUUGUGCCCCUCUGCACCAUGAAGUCGUGAGCCCGAGGGCCGGCACUGUGUGCAGCACUGGCAGCUGGUGUCUUCCUCUGUAUUUUGAAAGCUUGCAGCUGUGACCACAGUUUACUGAAGUGAAGAUGAAAUCCUGGAAGCUUUCUGCAGAUGCUGAAGGUGGUAUUCAGAGUGUAUAUACUCUAGCGAGACAUCUGCCUAUUAGCUUUGACAUAAUUACACCCUUGAUGCAUUUCUAGAAGUGCAAUAUCUUUUCUUACCAAAAGAAUGUAAUGGACUAUCAGUAAACCCAAAUUGAAU